GUGACAGUUAAAGACCUCUCUUAGCAGAGAGCUAAACAGGUCCCAGUGCAAGCAAGUCUCCAGUGUGCCACUCGACAUUGGGAUAAACAAAACAACCUUUUCUGUUUGGAAAUCUGACACGUUGUUAAGGAAGAGAAAAAGAAAAGAAAAACAUUUUGAAGUGGAUCCAUCAUGGCAGCCGCCCAUGUGUCCAUGCCAGGUACAACACACACCAACAUGGACUUUGCUGACUACAGUCUCUACAGCGAGCUGUCUGAUGAUGAGCUCAUGGAGCUGGCAAUUGAGCGGAGCAUUGCUGAUGCUCACAACUCUGCAUCAGACACUGAAAGCUCAAAGACCCCCACUUCUCCAAACAGGCCAGCAGCCCGAUGGCAAGCUCCGCCAUCACAUCCUCCCCAGCCGCAACCAGAACUGACUGCGUGUCCCGCCAAUCCACCCAGAGAAACAAUAUGUCCACAGGAUGUAAAUUCAGUAAGUCACUUUGUUACUGGUAAUGGCAAGCGAAUGAUGGAAUACCGAAAAUAUGACGGAAGUUUGCAAGUUGCCCAUGUGCCUGAAGAGGAGUUUGAUCCUAUUGCUAAGGCCAUUUUGGAAGGAGAUGUAGGAUCAGUGAAACUGUUGGUUAAGCAACCUGGGUGCAACCUUCUUAAACCAAAUAAAGAUGGAUGGAUGCCUUUGCACGAGGCGGCAUAUUAUGGACAAGAUCAAUGUAUUAAAAUUCUCCUGAGAGCUCAACCUGGGAUGAUCAACCAGUGCACUUUGAAUGAGCAGACUGCUUUAAUGAUAGCUGUGGUAAUGGAACAUCUUGCAUGCAUGGAGUGUCUUCUAGAGAAAGGAGCUGAUCCUGAUAUUACCAAUAAGGAUAGGGAGACUCCCCUUUACAAAGCAUGUGAGAAGGAAAACCCAACAAUGGUUGCCAUGUUACUGAAUUAUGGCGCCUCUGUGAAUAAGAGCUGUAUUCAAGGCUGGACCGCUCUCCAUGAGAGUGUGUGCAGGAACAAUGUGGAAAUCUGUGAGAUGCUGUUGAAAGCUGGAGCCAAAGUCAGCAUACCCAACAUGUACGGAAUCACUCCUAUCUUUGUGGCCGCCCAAAGUGGAAAAGUGGAUGCACUUCGCAUGCUUUUAAAAAAUGGUGCAGAUCUCAACAGCGAGGCUGCAGAUGGAGCCACAGCACUGUAUGAGGCCUGUAAAAAUGGUCAUGAGGGAACUGUACAGUUUCUUCUAUCUCAAAAUGCAGAUGCCAACAAGCCAGGCAAAACUGGACUGUUGCCAAUUCAUAUAGCUGCCCAGCAUGGUAAUGAUAGUAAAGACCUCCUCACUUUCGGGUGUACCCACAAAAUUGUCAGGGCAACUAAUAUCAUAUCCAUGCUGAUCCCAGCCACAAGCAAGGCCAGAGUGAAGCGUUCAGGUAUCAGCCCCCUCCAUUUAGCAGCGGAGCGCAACAGAAACGAUAUUCUUGAGUUACUGAUCGAGGCCGGCUUUGAUGUCAAUGCCACGUUGUCCGAGGGUCGUUCUAUGAUGUAUGAAGAUCGUCGCAGCACAGCUCUAUACUUUGCUGUCAUGAACAACAACAUCAAUGCUACCACCAUGCUCCUGAAGGCUGGUGCUAAUCCAAACCUGGACACAUUCAACCCAGUCCUAGUGGCCCUGAGGCAGGGUUGCAUCCAGACAGUGACUUUGCUGGUUGAACAUGGUGCUAAUGUCAAUUCCUACAUCCCAACUCACCCAACUACCUUUCCAGCCAGUGUUAUGUUCUGCAUGAAGUAUCUGACUUUACUGAAGUAUCUAAUGGAUAAUGGCUGCGAUGCCUUGUCAUGUUUCAAUUGUGUUUAUGGCAGCAAUCCUCAUCCACCUAUAAAAACUAGGUGUAAUCCAAGAUAUGAUUCUGAUGAAGCAGUAGAAAAGACUUGUAUUCAGUUCUGUGAGGUGAUCUCUAGCGAACACGUCUCCCGUUGGGCAGGACCGAUUAUAGACGUGCUUCUUGAUUAUGUUGGGCAUGUGAAACUGUGUGCACGACUCAUUGAACAUCUGGACAGUUUCCAUGAGUGGCAGUGCAUCAAAGAGAGAGCAAUGCCUCCACGCCCACUCAUGCAGCUCUGCAGACUGAAAAUCCGCAAACUGCUCGGGACCAAGAGACUGAAGAAAAUUCACAAGCUUCCGGUUGCUCCAAGGUUGAUCAAAUUCCUAAAUCAUCAAGAACGAAAGCAAGACUUUUAAGCCUGCUUUUGAAUGUUGACUCUUAGUAAACACAGAGAGAACAAUUCCAUUUGAAAAUCAUAUACUUCUGUUUGCAGAGCUUGCAUUGAGCUAAAAUUAUGGAAUACAUUUCUUUUUGUCUGGGUCAAUUUUUUGCACAAAUGUACUGCUUUAUAUUAUAAUAAAAAUGCCUUUACCUGAAAUUAACACAGUUUUUGUUUUAUCCAACUGUAUUUAAUGUGUGCAACUUAUAACAUCCAAGUGAAAGAUAUAACACACCGACAUGUUACAAAAAAAAAAUAAACAACCAGAAUCAUUGAGCUGGAAAAUGAUCACCCCCUUGUGUCAGUAUUUUGUUGAACAACCAUUUGCAUUAAUUACAGACUUUAGACUGUUGAGAUUUGUCUCUAUUAACUUUGCACAUCUAGACUUUGCAAUAUUUGCCCACUCUUCUUUGCAGAACUGCUCAAAUUCAGGUAAAUUUGAUGAUGACCGUUCGUGGACUGCAGUCUUCAAGCAUUCCACAGAUUUUCAUUGGUGUUUAAGUCUGGGCUCUGAGUAGGCCAUGCAAGGACAUUCACCUUCUCCUCUUUUAACCUUUUCCUCUUUGGGUCAUUGUCCUGUUGGAAGGUAAACCUCCUUCCCACUGACAACUUUCUGGCAGAGGGCAGCAGAUUUUCCUCAAGAAUUUGACGAUAUUUUGCCACAUCCAUUUUUCCUUCUAUCUUCACAAAUGCUCCAAUCCCUGCUGCAGAGAAACUCCCCAAAAAUGGAAAAUGAUAUUACAACUUGCUUUACUGGAGGAAUGCUGUUAUAUGGAUGGUGAGCUGAAUCGGAUUUCCACAGGAUACAUUGUUUGGCGUUGAGGCCAAAUAAUUACAUUUUAGUCUCAUCUGCCUCAGAAUCUUUAAAGUGGGUUUUGGCAAAGCUCAGUCGUUACUGCGUGUGGCCUUUCUUGAGUGUUUUUUUUUUUCUUGCAACUCUCUCAUACAAACCACAUUUGUGGAGAAUGCACACAAUGACCACUCUUUGUCCUUAAUUCCUGCAGCUGCUUCAGAGUUGCUGUAAGACUCUUGGUCGCCCCUCUCUGAGCAAGUUCCUCCUGGUUCUUUCAUCAAGUUUGUAGUUACAUCCUGAUCCAGGGAGGGUCUGUGUUUUGCCAAAAACCUUCCACUUCUCAAUAAUAGACUUCACCGUGCUUCUAGGCAUUGAUAAAUCCUUUGAAUGUAUUUUUUUUAAAUCAAUCUCCUGACUUGUGCCUGUCCACAACUUUAUCCCGGGGAUCUUUUGACAAUGCCUUGCCACCCACAUUUUAUUGUUUGCUUCAGUUACACUACCAAAAACUGAAAUGCUCCAGGAAAGCUAUUUUCAUGCUGGGCUCAUCAAAAAGACCACAGCUGAUCAAUGCUGCUGCUUUGUGUGCCUUUGAGAAGGUGAUUAGCUCCAUCUGAUUGAGUUUACAAGUCAUUUUUAGGAGGAGGUGAUCCUUUUGCCAACUCAGAGAUUCUGUUUUUAUAUACAUAUAAAAAAAAAUGACAUAUUAGUGUUAUAUCUUUCACUUGGAUAUUAUAAGUUGCACUUAGUAAAUACUAGCCUGACUACGUCAGACUUCCUACUUCCACUCAAUUUCAUUUCGCUUCUGUACUCAGUCUGAUACAGCGUCAGAGCUUUCUGUUUGCCACCGGUCUGAAAACAGCCGGGCCAAUCAACGAACAGAGGGCGGGCUGAGAGCCGUGACCUAAAUGCUAAGCGCAGAGUUUUACAUUGUAGGUUAGAGAAAUCGAAAACCGAAACGACCGCGGAAAUGGGAAACGAGACACGGGAUGCAAUUAGCUCUGUUAUGGAGAACAUUCAACUCUUUUUCAAACUGCAAAAGUCGUUUACAGCCAUGUUCACUCCGGUAUUUCGCUCGCAUCAUCAUGUGUUAACAACAGGUUUACAGUGGAAGUUCAAUCAUAGAUUUGAGUUCGAUGCAUGUCUGUGCUUCGAUGCGGCUGUACAGGCACAUAACAUACGUCAUAACUAAACGUAUCUGAUUGGCUUACGGGUAACCAAUGAUUUUAAACUUCAGACAAGCGCCCCCUAGCGAGAGAGAAAACACUUCUCUAUUAUGCCAUUCCAGACUCUGUCUCCGAGCAAAGUGAAGUAAAUACAGCUGGAUAAAAUAAAAACUGUGUCCAUCUUCAUUUCAGGCUGCAACGCAACAAAAUGUGAUUAUUAAAUAAAUAAAAGGGCCAAAAUGAAACGGGUUACAGAAAAUAGUAUUUUUUUAGUUUUUGCAAUGUAGUAGACAUGUGUGAAAAGUAUUAAGAAAUUUACUUGAUGCUUAUGUGUACAGUUUCUUUUAUACAAUUGAUUUUGUAUUUUUACUUUUGACAUUUUUUUAGCCAGGUGUACAUUUUCUUCUAUUAUUUUGAUCAUUUUACUCAAACCAAACCAAACUCAAGAAGUUAAAUCACAUUCUUCAGACUAUAAAUUAUAUUCUAUAUCAUUUUUAAUUUAAAUUAAUUUCCCUGAUUCAAUCAGUGCUUUAUGUGACAAUGCUUAUGUUUGGAAUAAUAUCCAACGAAUGUCUUUUCAGUAUCAGUCUACCAAUAAAGUGUAAAAUAUGAACUA